AAGUCGAAGUCAACGAGUUCGUGCCAAUUGAGUACCAGCAGUGCCAAUACGCCAAUUAUAGCCGCAACAAAAAUGGUCGCCGAUAAAUUUGAGAAGUUGCCUGAACUGGCAAAACCAGUUCAUUAUACACUUACGCUGAAACCUGAUCUCGAGAAGUUCACUUUUGACGGCAGUGAAACGGUUGACAUUCAGGUGCUUCUAAAUUUCUUCGUUUCACGCAGUUGUUUGGACGGAGGCACUGAUUUGAUGUAG